AUGGGCAAAAGAAAAGCAGCAGCCGACGCCCAAACCCCCUCCAAAGACAAAAUGGAAAUCGACGGCGAAGAAGACUCCAGCGACGAGGACAUCGACCUCCUCAACGUCGACUUCGAAUGGUUCGACCCGCAACCGGCCGUGGACUUCCACGGCCUCAAGACGCUCCUCCGCCAACUCCUCGACGUCGACAACCAACUCUUCGACCUCUCCGAACUCGCCGACAUGAUCCUCGCACAGCCCCUGCUGGGCAGCACGGUGAAAUGUGAAGGGAACGAAAGUGACCCCUACGCGUUCUUGACCGUCCUGAAUAUGCACUCGCACCGGGAGAAGAACGUCAUUAAGCAACUAACAAACUACAUUCUUUCACGCUCCAAAGCCUCUAACGAUGAUGGGAACCUGCACGAGCAACUGCAGAAACUGCUCUCCCCAGACUCGGACGCGCAAGUCGGCUUGAUCCUAAACGAACGUUUCAUCAACAUGCCGCACCAAAUCGUGCCGCCCAUGUACAACAUGCUGCUCGAAGAAAUCCAGUGGGCGCUGCAGGACAAGGAGCCGUAUCAGUUUUCGCACUACCUCGUCAUUUCCAAGACGUACACCGAAGUCGCGUCGAAGCUGGACGCGGAGGAGAAUCCGCCGUCGAAGAAGAGCAAAGCGGGCGCGAAGCCCGAGGUGUUUUAUUUCCAUCCGGAGGACGAGGUGUUGAGGAAGCAUGCGGUGGGGGUGGCGGAGUAUGAUUUUGAGACGCAGACCGAGGAUGGGGCGAGUGACGCGAAGAGGGCAUUUCAGGAGUUGGGAGUGAAGUCGCAGGGACAUUUGAUUUUGAUGGAGGGGAAGAAGUUUGAGGGUGCGGUGAAGGCUGUUGGUGAGUAUUUGAGUGGAGAGUAG